CGUCAUUUAUCUGCAACUCCUGACUAUCUCCAGCGGAUCUCCAAGUCGCUAUUCUCUUUCUUUUUCUUCGCCAAAUCUCCCUUCUGGCAUUCACUUCGCGGUGUGCAUCUACUGCAUUACUUCUUUCGUUUUGAGUCUGCACCAUUCACUCUGAGUGUCGGACUGCACGAUCAUUCCUAGCGUCGUAAUUGACACCCGUUCCAACGCUUUCAAACCCAGCCACGCCAGACUCUGUGGUGAGCACGUGCCUCAUCGAUACAGGCUUUGAAUACCAAUUUGGAGCCAUGCCAGCGCUCGCAUUGGGUUCAACAUAAUCGAAUCAGCUCGCCUGUGCAUCAUGGGAUUUCGUCGCGCACGGCUUGUCCUUGCAGUCGUCAUCUUCUGGGUUCUUGCGUCAUGGUACUAUAUAUGGUCUCCAGUGGAGGGGCCUUCGCAAUCCUCUCCUCUCGCGCCCUUGGCUGAUGGAUCAAUAACGUAUGGAGACGCCCUGGAAAAUAUACACUGGAAGCCGCUGCCCGCGAAGUACCCAGUGAAGAAGCUCACGCCGCUACCGACAAACACACCAACUGCGGUCAUACCGAAAGUCCAGACUACUAGACCGAAAGAGGAUGACGCCGCAAAGAACACGAGAUUAAAGCGCCUUGCUGCUGUCAAGGCUAGCUUUCAACACAGCUGGGCUGGCUAUAAGAAGUAUGGCUGGCUGAAGGAUGAAGUAACCCCGAUCACCGGGAACUACAAAAACCCCUUCGGCGGGUGGGCCGCCACACUGGUGGACUCGCUGGAUACCCUGUGGAUCAUGGGUCUGGAAACUGAUUUCCUGAUGGCGGUAAAAGCUGUUGACUAUAUCGAUUUCACAACAACCCAGGCCAAAGAUAUAAAUGUUUUCGAAACAACAAUCCGAUACCUAGGCGGGUUUUUGGCUGCCUAUGAGCUAAGCGGGAGGAAGCAUGCAAAUCUUCUGGCCAAAGCGCAGCAGGUAGGACAGUUACUGAUAGCGGCUUUCGACACUCCAAAUCGAAUGCCAGUCUCACGCUGGAAUUGGCGCAAGUAUUUGGUGGGCGAAGAGCAGACAGCACCUCGCACGGCACUCGUCUCCGAAAUUGGCUCUUUGAGUAUGGAGUUUUCCAAGCUUUCACAAUUGACCGGAGAUAUGACAUGGCAUGAUGCUGCUCAGAGAAUAUCUGAUCAGGUUGAGAUGGGUCAGAAGGAGACCUACCUCCCGGGCAUGUGGCCCGUUACGCUCGACGCUUCCAAAACACCACUAGCUUUCACAGGCGAGACUUUCACUUUGGGCGGCAUGUCCGACUCCUUGUACGAAUACUUUCCGAAACAAUACAUCUUACUUGGUGGUGCGUUGGACCAGCCGCGCAGGCUUUAUGAAGGCUUUAUCGACGUGGCCAAGAAACACCUUUUCCGUCGCGCCCUCAAUCCUGACAACAUACCCAUACUCUUCCCAGGAGAUGCUAGGGUCAAAGAUCCUAUAGGCGAGACUAGGGAAGUGGUCUUCACGGCUCGUGCACAGCACCUGACCUGUUUUGCUGGGGGGAUGGUAGGAUUAGCUGCAAAGAUUUUUGACCGGCCUGCUGAUAUGGACGUUGCUAUACAGCUCACAGAUGGCUGCGUGUGGUCCUACUCAGCCACACAAUCGGGUAUCGGCCCCGAGGUCUUCAGCUUUGUGGCAUGCGACCCUGAUUCCGCACAAGAUGACUGUAAAUGGUCAGAGAGGCGCUGGUUAGACACCUUGAAGAAGCACUGGCGUAAAGGUCAGAAAGGCGUCGAGGAUGACGCGAUGCAAAAAAUCGUGGAAGGACGCAAGCUUCCGAAGGGCAUGCUGGAUAUUAGUGACCGGAAAUAUAUCUUGAGACCCGAAGCUAUCGAGUCUGUCUUCCUCAUGUAUCGAAUGACGGGAGAUCCCGUCUGGAUGGACAAGGCUUGGAAAAUGUUCACAGCCAUCGAGAAGUUCACCAAGACCAGUGUGGCAGCGGCAUCGCUGGACGAUGUUACGAAGGACAAGCCACAACAGGUCGAUAGCAUGGAGAGUUUCUGGCUCGCGGAAACGCUAAAGUAUUUCUACCUGGUAUUCAGCGAUUGGGAUGUGGUGGAUCUGGAUAAGUGGGUGCUGAAUACAGAGGCGCACCCUCUCAGACGUGCAGAUGCGGAAUCAUAACCAAGGCGGAAAGACCACGAUGGGUCCAAGAUAUUGAAACAUUGUGACAUGGCUAAUUAAUAUGGUAUAUUGCACAUAGACUAAGAGCCAUAAAAGCACCAUGGAAUGCUAAACCUACCAUGGUAGCUUCUACACCAAAGAAAACUAUAUCGAAAGAGACAAGUCAAGACUUAUAGAGCCUCAUUAGCAGUCUAUACGUUGACCUUAUUGUUA